CUUAUCAAUCAUUUUAUCUCCGAUCACAAAAGAGUGCGACAAGGGAAAGAGCGCUGCAUUCCAUAUCUGCAAAUUGUACGUACGGAUUGCAUUUUGACUCAGGGCAUUAAUUCCAAUGUCACUGUCCCGCCCACCUCCCCCAGUGGUAGGAAAAGUCACCCAUUACAGCAUUGAAUUAUUCUGGAAUGAAGCAUUGGACAAAGCUAAGGAGGAAAUCGGGGGCAAGGAAUUGGUAAAAGUGUCUCUCCAAGAACAGGACAGACAAAAUCAGUGGGGAAACGUCUACACAGGAUAUGCCCACUCACAUGUUGUCACAGGGGCAGACCCUCAGACCACGUACAAAUAUAGGAUCCGCUUUAUGACCAAUAAUGAGAACAGUGAAUGGAGUCCACACCUAACAGUUUCUACCACUAAGGAACCACUAAAUGGAGAGCACCUACACAGAGCCAUUAUUAGGGAAGAUCUCACAGAAAUAGAGAGGAUACUGGAAACAGGAGAUGUACCGAUUGACGUUCCUGAUAAGUAUGGCUUCACUGGACUUAUGCAGGCAUCACAGAAAGGCUACACUGAUAUUAUGGAGAUCUUGAUUAAACAUGGAGCAGACGUGAAUGCAAAAAAUGAUUCAGGCAAAACAGCAUUGAUGUUGGCAUGUUUUGCUGGUCAGUUUGAAGCUGUUAAGCUGCUGAGGAAACAUGGGGCUAAGUAUGAUGAUUAUGACAGGGGAGGAUCUACACCUAUCCACUGGGCGGUGGACGGGGGCAACACUCGGCUCCUGGAGUGGAUCAUCAAGGAUGGGGCAGAUGUGAACCUGAGGGAUCACUCUCAUGGCUGGACACCCUUAAUAAGAUGUGCCUCAGUGAAUGGUAACCGCAGUGUGGCCUUGACCCUUCUGAUGUCAGGUGCUGAUAUUAAUAUUCAGGAUAAGGAUGGGAAGACAGCUCUAAUGGUAUCUAUAAUCAACGGUCAUCAAGAUCUGGUGGAAUUACUGCUACAAAGGGGUGCAGAUAUCACUGUCCAAAAUCUGUAUGGUAAAACUGCCUACGAGAUGGCUCACUCCAUGGAAAGAAGGAAAAUUGCACGGACACUUGAAGAUUACGUACAGAGCAAGGGCAUAAAGGUUAAAGGAGCCAUUCUGGCAUGACAGCAAGGGGCAACAACUCUCGGCACAAUACACUAGGUUGAAAAACACUGAACAGGAAAUUCAUUGAGGGAUUAGGAAAGUGUUUGUUUGUUAUAGCAUUAGAUUACACAUAGAUGUGAUACUCAAACACUUCUCUUAAGCUGUAGAAAAAAGAAUUGAAAUGAUUGUCAAGUAUACUUUGAUAAUAAGUUUGUUAACAUUUUGUUUAAUCCUGUGAUAUAUGUUUGUGUAAAUUUCCUUGCUUUUUCUCUCAGAAAACCAAACUACAUGUACAUUGUAUCUGUAAUUGUCACCUUAGAAACUGAUAUUCUAGUGAUAUUGCUAUUGGAGAUAGAGAGGGUUUAUUCUGCACAAAUUAAAUCAAACUUUAGUCUCUAAAAAUUGCUUUAAAAAUAUUUAAUUGGAUGUAUUCUCUACCUGCUUUUUCCAUAUCAUGCAUGUCUCUGCAGGCAAUAUGCAAGUAUAGCUUUAAUUUAAUUCACUAAUUACACUAUUUCUCAUUACGUAAUAUGCAAAUUACAUACUGGUAAAGUGAUGCAAUUUAUAAAAUGACUGUAUUAUUUAUGCUGUUAUUUGCUGUUUAUUACAAACAUUUCCAACUUUUCCAUUGCAUUUCAUUCCAUUGGGCAGAGUAUGUGUAAUCAUUGUUCAUGGAUCACCCUUAAGUGUGUAUUGAAUGUCUUCAAUCGGUUUUAUUUUUAUAACACUUAUACUAUAAUUUACAUUAUUUCAAAACAAUUUUAAUUCAUACUUUACACCAAAAAGUUGGCAAUAUUUAAGAUCCGUCCAUAUUAUUAUCUCUGGCAGUUUACUUAAAUAUGUAAAUGUAUGAUAUUAAGUUGUUUGAAUUCUUAAAUCAAAAGAUCUCAGGCCUUGAAGUUUGUGAUGUAAAAACUAAGUGCUUUGUAUGAUGGAAUGUUACAUAACCUGUGAUAAGUUAUCAAGACAUUUAGGGGUCAAAUAUCCUCCAAGUCAUCUAAGUGCUUUAUAUAAGGGAAUGUUACAUACAUGUAGCCCGAGUUAAGUGAACAAGACAUUUAGAUGUCAGAUGUCAUUCCAAGAUCUUCAUAUUUUUUCAUCAUUUGUUUUUGUUAUUAGAGAUAUCAGAGAAUAAUAAUCUUUAUGAAUAAUCUAUAUGUUAUUUGUGAAAUGUUCAAUAAAUUAGACCAAAUUUCUUA